AAUCAACAUCUAAUGUAACAACUCAAAAAAGAAAAAAAAAAAAGACCCAUAUAAAAACUGAGCAAACAUCAUCACUCCCACGAAGCAGUUGGACUUCUUUCACAUCAAGUAUCAUCGCCGUCAAUUACUUGCAGUUCAAAAACAACAAUGACAGAAACUGUGAAAUCAGGGGAUGAUUAUGUCUCAAUUUCUCUCUCCAAAUCCCCUCUUAAACGUCAAUUUGAAGAAGAACAACCUGAAAACGAAGAAGAUGAAUUGAAGAGAUUACUUCUACCUGAUGUUUCCAAUCUCCCUCUCUCUCCUCCUUCUUCUGUUGAAACUAAUUUCGUCCGCUAUUUUGCCAUUGAUUUUAUGAAAGCAGGACAUGAUCAAUAUGUGUAUCGGCAUGCGAAUGGCUUGUGUGUAAUUGGGUUGGCACAAACCCAUGUAGCUCUUCAAGCUGAAGGAGGUGUUACCUCUGUAGAUUUUAACGUUGGCAAGUCCGAUCGUAGCGAAUUGAAAGUCUCAGGCAAGCGCAAGAAGAAUGCACAACACUUUCAACCGAAUAGUAUUUUGUGCAAUGUCCAUACACUCCAUAGUGGUGAUGCUCCCUAUAUUGUGAGAUGCUGUGUUAAAGGGCCAUUGCUUGAAGUCAACAAUAAACUUAUCGAGAAGCCGGAACUGCUUAAUACAUCGGCUGAAAGAGAUGGUUAUAUUGCAAUUGUUAUGCCAAGACCAGGAGAUUGGCUUAAGAUUAAGGAAUCGCUUGUGAGUUAUGACGAGUUCAAGAAAUUACGAAAUCUCAGCUGAUGUAUCUAUUGCUUACAAUGCAGCUGAUCGUAGGCUCUAAAUAUACCUGCCAUAGAACAGGUUACAGGUCCAAGCAGCUCCUUGUAAUUGUUUCCAAGACGCUGGGAGGUUGGAGCGUUCAUCCAGAUGUCAAAGCCAUAAGUAUCGUACCCAAGAUUAGGCCUUCUGAGGCCAAAUCGUGAUUCCUCCUAUGUUGUACUAGUAUGAUUUUCUUUAUGUAUACAAUAAAUAUUAGGAAUAAUUGACAGGAAAAAUCCCAACUUUGAACGUUUCACUUUUAUUAAUCCCAACUAUGGUUUUUUUUUUUAAUAA